AUGGCCAAAUUCUCUUUCGCUGACAAGCUUGUCUUCUUGUGGCUCAUCAUUGACUUGCUUGUGCACGGCAUCUUGGAAGCCUCCUUCGUGUAUUUUAGUGUAACGACCACUGUUGCAAAGGCUCAACCUACCACUGCUAUUGGCAAGUGGUUGCUUUGGACAUGGACAGAGUAUGGUUCAAAGGCUGAUUCAAAAUGGUUAAUCUUGGAUCCAUGUAUUGUUUCUGUGGAAUUAUUGACUUGUACUUUUGACACCUUGUUGUGUGCUAUUAUCUUGUAUACUAUGUGGACAAACAAACCAAGCAGACACUUCUGGCAAAUUGUUUUGUGUACGUGUGAGUUAUAUGGCGACUGGAUGACUUUUGUGCCUGCUAUCUUUGAAGGAGGAAGCAAUUUAAAUAUGGAUCCUUUCUACUUCUAUGUUUACACUGUUGGUUCCAAUGGUGUUUGGGUUAUUGUGCCUAUUUUAAUGUUAAUUCAAUCAUACAACUAUUUGGUAUCUGCUUUGUCACAAAAACAAAAGAGUAAUUAA